UUUGAAAACAGAAAAACUCAUAAAAAGGAGCUCAGCGGCGAGGAUGUACGCAGGUGUCCUUGAACAGCUUCUUGGCAGACAGCAGUCCUCUCACCCAGCAUAAAUCUUGACGAAAAAAAAGAGGAUGCAAAGAUAAGAGUAAGAGUUAAGGAAGCAGAUGGUAGAAGCAGCUUGUUCUCUCACUCCCAAGCUUUGAACCCCACACCCUUGCCUUUAAUAUACAUUCAAGGAUUCUGCUGAGUGUACUGAAACAUAAAGCACAGACAAAGAAAUCCUGCUAAGCUCUCGUUUCCUUUAUUCCUUGAUUGUACCUCUCCUUACUAUGAUUUCACACACUGUUGACUUCUGUACAGUCUGGAUAUUUCUCCUAUUCAUUGAGGGGGGAUUUGCACUGGUGCAAAAGAUUAAAGAUUCAGGUGCAGGGUCGAAAGCAGUUAACCCUUCUCUACGAGCGCGUCACUGUGGAAACUGGGUACGAACCACUGAUGGCGGCACUUUCAGUUCCCCAAACUACCCAAAUACGUACCCUCCAAACAAGGAGUGCCUCUAUGUGCUGGAAGCCCUGCCUCGCCAGAGAAUAGAGCUGAUGUUUGACGAAGUCUUCCACAUCGAGGCGUCGUUCGAAUGUCGCUUCGACCACAUCGAAGUGCGGGACGGUCCCUUUAGUUUCUCCCCGCUCAUCAAUCGCUUCUGCGGCUCAGCCAGUCCUGGACUCAUCCUGUCCAGCGGACGCUUCAUGUGGAUCCGCUUCUUCAGUGAUGAAGAGCUGGAGGGGACUGGCUUCCAGGUCCAGUACAGCUUUGCUGCAGAUCCUGAAUUUCAUCUGCAUGUGGGAGGACUUUUAAACCCCAUCCCAGAUUGUCAGUUUGAGCUGUCUGGAGCUGACGGUGUAAUCCGUUCAAGUCAGGUGGACGAAGAGUCCAAAGUGAAGCCAGACCAGGCAGUGGACUGCAUCUGGACUAUACGUGCCCCAACAAAGAACAGGAUUUACCUGCGAUUUUUGGAAUACCAGAUGGAAAACUCCAAUGAAUGUAAGAAGAACUUUGUGGCUGUUUAUGAUGGCAGUAAUGCCAUUGAGGAUCUAAAGGCCAAGUUUUGUAGUACAGUAGCUAAUGACAUCAUGCUGGACACUGGUGUGGGAGUAGUGAGGAUGUGGGCUGAUGAGACAAGCCGUCUCAGCCGCUUCCGGAUGCUGUUCACAUCUUUUGCUGACCCACCCUGUAUGAGCGGUGCGUUCUUUUGCCACACUAACAUGUGCAUCAACACUUCUCUGGUGUGCAACGGCAUACAAAACUGUGUCUUUCCUUGGGACGAAAGCAACUGCAAAGAGAAAAAGAACAAAGGUCUUUUUCACCAGAUCACAAAGACUCACGGGACAAUAAUCUGUGUGUCUACGGGGGUGGUGCUGUUACUCCUAAUUGUCUCCAUUCUGGUGCAAGUCAAGCAGCCACGUAAGAAGGUGUUGGUUCGUAAGAACAACUUGUUUCCUCGUGCUGACUUCCAGGAGGUGUUUGACCCUCCUCACUAUGAACUCUUUAAUCUCAGAGACAAGGAGAUUUCUUCAAGAGACCUUGGGGAGUUGUCAGAGGAGCUCCAGUCCCUACAAGCGCUCAGGAGGUCCUCGUCAGGAUCGCGCUGCAUACACGAACACCAUUGUGGCUCUCUGGCCUCUAUCAACUCCAUUAAAGGUAGCCUAGGGGCGCAAGGCCUGGGAAGGGGAUCCAUGGAGCUUCCACCUUUCAGAGUAGACUUCCAAAACUCCUUGCCUCCCCUAAGAGAUUUCAACAGCAGUCUGAGGAAGAAGAGCUGGCCCAGUAUGAAAUCAGGCCGAAUACAGGGCCAUCAUGGUAUGGGAGAGAGAGCUCUGGGGCGGCAGGACAGAGUAAUGGAAGAGGAAGAAGAGGAGGAGGACGGAAGGUAUGAUGUGUAUGUGCGGAGAGGCGGAAGCCGAAGAGGCUAUGAAAUAGCCCAGCAAAGAUCCCUGUCCAUGGACUUUUGAGGAGAAAACACAAGAUCUGCGUUAGGGUAGGUAAACACUGCCUCAACUUUAGGGAGGAGCUUUUCAAAUUUACAGGAAAAAGGAAAAAGAAAGAAAACCAAUGGCUUGUGCAAGUACACUUUCCUUCUUCUCAGUAAGGCUGGAAAACAUAGGCUCUGUUAAGGAGCAACAAGAAGAUCCUCAGGCACUGCCAAAUCUGCUUAUAUACUGAAACAGCAAACAGAGAGCUGUUAUCAAGUCUCUGACACCGGUGUAAAAGUGAAACUAAAAACAAAUGCUGUAUAGUGUUCUUGUCUUGAUGUAUUUUGUUGAAUACAUUUAACUGUAACGCGAAUAGAUGUUGUGGAAGUAUGUUUUGAGUCAGUGUGUAGAAGAAGUGUGAUUACAUUUUGAGUAUUAGUGAAAAAACUACAUUGGUUAAAAACAAAAAGGUAAUUUCCACACCUCUGACUUAGGAAAAGUCAGCUCCGAGUUAAAGUCGGUUUUAGUUUUACUGAAGGAAAGUCUGGUUGUUCUGCAAUCCCCUUUUGGGCAUGUUGCACAGGUACACAGGUUGGAAAUUUUACAAUUAUGUCACUCUUCAGUGACACAUCUGACCUUAACAAAACCGGAAAACUAGGUUUCUUUUUACAAUCUUUAAAAACAAAUGGGUUACCAGAUCUUAACACAGUGGGGGAGAAGCCAACAUAGUCCUGUUAAUUAGCAAGGAGGGUAUUUAGGAAUUAAACCAUUUAAUAAGAAAUGAGUACUGACCUUAAAG